UUGCUUCAGCUGAUAUACUUGCUAUUGUUGCUGCUGGUAUUCUUGCUAUUGUUGCUGCUGGUAUUCUUGUAGUUGUUACUGCUAGUAUGCUUGUGGUUGUUGCUGCUAGUAUACUUGCGGUUGUUACUGCUAGUAUGCUUGUGGUUGUUACUGCUAGUAUGCUUGCGGUUGUUGCUGCUGGU